UUCCGGGUCAGCCGGAAGUGACCCUCGGUGGAGCAGUUACCACAGCAACGGCCGGGCGCGCGGCCGGACAUAGUGAAGAUGGCGGUGACUGGCUGGUUGGAGAGUCUGCGGGCGGCCGAGAAGACGGCGUUGCUGCAGGACGGAAGAAGAAAGGUCCAUUAUUUGUUUCCAGAUGGGAAGGAAAUGGCUGAAGAAUACGACGAGAAGACAAGCGAACUGCUUGUGAGAAAGUGGCGUGUGAAAAGUGCCCUGGGAGCCCUGGGCCAGUGGCGGCUUGAAGUGGGAGAGCCAGUGCCCCCAGGAGCGGGGAGCCUGGGGCUCGAGCUCAUCAAGGAGACCAGUGCCAGUCCUGUCUUCAUGCGCAAGGACACCAAGAUGACUUUCCAGUGGCGGAUCCGGAACCUCCCCUAUCCUAAGGAUGUCUACAGUGUCUGUGUGGCCCCAAAGGAGCGCUGCAUUGUUGUCAGGACAAGCAACAAAAAGUACUACAAGAAGUUCUCCGUUCCUGACCUAGACAGACACCAGCUACCCCUGGAUGAGUCCUUGCUGAGCUUUGCUCAUGCCAACUGCACCCUGAUAAUCUCUUAUGAGAAGCCAAAGGAGAUCUUGAUGGCAGAGUCAGAGCUACAGAAAGAGCUAAAGAAGGUGCAGACAGCCCACAGCGAUGACGGAGAUUGUAAGACCCAGUAGCUGGCCCCGCCCUACACCUUGGUGGAGGCUUUUGCGACACUCGGCCUGGCCUUGUGGUGUGGGGCAGCCACCCAGAGCCGAGAGCACUGGCCCAGGGGCACUGGCAGCCCCACUUCCCCAGUAAAGUCCUUCUGAGUUACUGCA